CAGAAUUGCCAACAAGUUAGCGCAUGCAGGGGUGUCCCGAUUGCACGGAUACAAAUACGUUCGCGAUGGGUUCGUGCAAUAUGGUCGGCAGCGGAGGAGCUAAAGAAAUAGCCAACGGCGUCGCUCCCAUAUCUUCAUAAAAUUCACCGUCAAGAAAGUCCGGUCUAGAGGGUCGCUCGCAGCCCAAGCACUAGGUACCGGUGCGAUGGCCCAAUCCGUCAAGAAAUAAUGGCCCACAAGAAAUAAUAGAACUGACAACCUCCCGAUGACAAACUAUGGAUUCAGAACACGAUUUAUGAUUGGAACAUAGAACAUUAGAACUCUCUCAGAAGCAUCGAGAAUUUACAAAGUCCAGAACGAGAUGUCAGACUACCACCUUGACAUCCUCGGUUUAAUUUAAGUACGAUGGCUGAAAUCUGGAACUAUGGAUCUUCAAGGUGGCUACCACUUGAUUUUUUAGGCAAUGAAACCCAACGAAUAAAUGUGGUCGGUCUAUCAUACAAUGUUAUAUCUGAACGCAUCAUGAAGGCAAGAUCAAAUUUAAAACUCCGCAAAAUAUCCAUUGUACCUUGCUUUGCGCCAACCAAACCCGAUGACGACAAAACAAAGGAUCAGUUCAAUUCUCAACACGACUUAGUGCCACGCUCUCUACCAAAAGGAGAUAUUAAACUUGUUAUGGGAUGUUUUAAUGCCAAGGAUAUUGAUCGGCCUUAGACCAUUGUUUAAUGUUUUGUUAACAUUUAAAAGUCAG